GCCAAGUGCUCAGUGCACCUCACCAGCAACCAUUCAAAUGUGUGUGCGAUGGGAAGAAGGAGUGAGUAAUAAUGCUACUUUACAUGCCUCCUAAACCCUCUGCCUGGUGAUAAAGACCUGCGAUCACGGAGCCGCAUUCCAGUUACAGAAUUUAAGCCUCAUUACUGUUACUCCCUGAGCCGCCAUGAGCACUGACGUCAGGCCGCACCCCAGCGCAGCGCCGCUAACGACACGCAGGAGACUCUAUUUAAGGGCUGGGACUGUGAAGAAUCUCUGUCUCCUCACCAGCAGGAGGUCCCUGGGGUCCUUCCCAAGAGUCUCCUACAAUCAUUACAGGAUCAACAUGGAUAUUUUAAGGAAAAUUGUCUGCAAGAAAAAAACGACUUUUAAGAAAGUCUGGUCUAAGCAGUCCAAGUCCUCUAUCAACUACGUAAACGGAAGAAUUUAUUUUGCUAACUUUGGCUGUUGUUACAGCAGUAUUGUUACAAAACCACAAAUGCUUUAUGAAAUGCCCAGAUGUGUAACGUCAGAGAAAAUUGAAGAUGCGAUGCUGUGUGAGUGCCCAUUGGGACAACCUCUUGCUAAGGCUUCCGACUAUACUCCUUCACUCAUUGCUGUGACUGGCCACAACUGGUUGCUUCGUAUUGCUGCUGAUACUGGGGAAAAUCUACAGAAGGUCUACCUUGGAUCGUACCGAAAAUUCAGGUAUAUUACAUGGAACGUCCACCAAGAGACAUUAGUGGUAAAGUCGAUUCAGAAGAAUAGUGUUUCUGAAAAUGAGCGGAAUGUGAUGUUCUACUUUGCAGUAUUCAACGUGUUCCCGUUCUCACUAGUUGGAGUUCUGGAAAUUGAUAAAAAGGUUUUCGGAUCUAAUGUGAGUGACGCCAUGAUUUCUGAUGGCAUGUUAAUUGUAAUGCACAGUCCUGGUCUCGUUCGUCUCUACAGUUUUGAGAACAUUGCUAAAGAGUGUAUGCAGCAGGAGUGUGUCAUAGGGGAGACCGUCAACUGGAGAGGUGAAACGGGGCGAGUAGGAGACUUUCCAUUUGGAAUCCCCUGCAACAUCGCCUUGACAGAAAGACCCCCCAUUUUGUUUGAAGUGCCUUGUCUUGAAAAUGCAUUUCAAGUUGGCGGACAUCCCUGGCAUUAUAUCAUUACACCCAAUAAGAGAAAAGAGAGAGGAACCUAUCAGAUCCGCUGCAUGGACGACCACCGCCUGGCGAAGAAUGGAAUGCGUGACAUGAAAUACCGCGCUUUAGAACCAGAAUGGAUUCACUUUCACCCUGAUUCUUCCGAAAGAAUCAUCCAUGUUGGACCUGAUCAGAUCUGGGUUUUAAAGCUAAAGGAACUAGAAGAUGACGAAUAUAAAUACGAGGUCAUUAAGGAUUUUGUGAUUUUUGCGUUCAGAGACCCUACGGUAGUUAAUAAACUGGUGACGUUUACGACAUCUGGGAGGUUGGUACAAAAACGCUAUGCCAGACUAGAUGAUGAUCCAGAUCUAGAGACGUUCACGGCUGUGGUGUAUGAAGAUGAGCUGGACCUGCUGACCGUGGUGGCCGUGACGCAGACGGACGAAGAGGGCAGAGCACACGUAGCUCUACACUGCAACGAAACAGGGAAGAUUCUAAAGAAGAUCCCACUGCAGGAAUCUUGGGAUGUGACUUACAGCCAUGCCUUAGUGUUUGAUCGGGACACCUUGAUCCAUAUAGAAGAGAGACCCAACCGCAACUUCUUCUGUUACGUGUAUAAAAUGCACUGCGGUCCUGAGGAGUCCUAGUGAAUAUAAGUUUCUAUACUCAGUGAGAAAGUUUUUGUUUUGUAAAAUCUGCUCUGAAUCCUUGUUUUAAAAGGCAAUAAAUAUGUUUUUUUU